CUCUGGUUUUCCGCGGCUCAGGUUCAGAUGAAUGUGGUGAUAAGAGGAUCAUGUUUGUGUUGGAUCUUGUCUGUCCCCAGCCUCAGACAUGAAUAGCUAACAGAGGGUGGAGGAGGAACAGAAACCUGAGAGCCACUGCACCCCUCCCUGUGCUGAUCUGGCCAAUGGCAGGCAGCCUUCAGCACACAGCAGACUGCCCAAGCGUUUAAUAGCAGAGCUGCGCCUGUUCAGCCCCGACCUCUGCAAUCACAGCCGUCACAAGAAGACUGAGCGGGGAGCUGCACAAGUCAGACAACAAAGGCCAACAAGUUCCUUUCCAGCAGCAGCAUGAAGACCUCUCUGGGAACUCUGACUCUCUGCAUGGCGGCUCUGAUGGCCACAGGUUUCCCUUUUGAGAGGAAAGGACCUGCCAAGGAGAAGCGUGUUCAGUACGCAGCAUGGGAUGAUGUGAAUGUCAUCGCCCACGGCCUGCUGCAGCUGGGUCAGGGGCUGAAGGAGCAUGUGGACAAAACGAAAAUCCAGAUGAGGGACAUCUUCACCAAACUAAAAGUCUUCAACCGCACCAUGAGUGAGCUGGGAAAGGAGAGCCAAAGACUGCAAGAGGAGGAGGAAGCCCUGAGGGCUCGAGCCCGGGGGCUGGAGGACAGAGAAGGACAGCUGCUGAACGUCACAGCCGAGCUGAGGGAGAAGGCCGAGGAGGUGCAGCAGGAGAGAAGGACCAUGAGUGAGAGGAUGAGGCGUCUGGAGGAGAGGGUGAACAGCAUGCUGCAGGGGGCCGCAGCACUGCCCGACAUGAAUGCCAACGCAUGGAACAACAGCCAAGCUCGCAGCAUCCAGUUCAUGCUGGAGUCUCAGAGCAGACGCAUUGAUGACCUGAUGGAGCAAGUCAGACUACAGCAAGAGAAACUCAACAAGCAGAAUGUGAGGAUCAGGACGUUGCAGAGUCAAAUCCAACAGUCCAGACAGAGGUCUUCCUUUCCAGGUAGGAGCAGCACAGAGGACGCCCUCCAGGGCGGCGCUGGAGAGCAGCAUGACACUCCAGCGGAGAUGGCGGUAGACUGUCAUGACAUGUUCCUGCGUGGAGAGACAACCAGCGGGGUGUACACCAUCCAGCCAGGGCAGUCUGAGCCCUUCAGUGUCUUCUGUGAGAUGACAGCAGAUGGCGGUUGGACAGUCAUCCAAAGGCGUCAAGAUGGCUCAGUGGAUUUUGACCAGCUGUGGCAGGCUUACGAGAAGGGCUUUGGCAGCCUGGAUGGAGAGUUCUGGUUGGGUCUCCAGAACAUCCACUCUAUUGUUAAAGACAACGGCUAUGUCCUCAACAUUAAGCUGUCCGACUGGGGGGACGACUCAGUGUCUGUCCGCCUUCCCUUCCAACUGGGUGGGAAGCAAACCAAUUACUCGCUCCUGAUUCAGGAACCUGUGAGUGCCAGCAGCCUGGAGAGCUCGCUGGGCUCGGACUCUGCGCCCAGUGUGCCCUUUUCCACCCGAGACCAAGACAACGACCACAAGGCUGACAUCAGCUGUGCCAAACACCUCUCUGGUGGAUGGUGGUUCAGUAACUGUGGACGCUCCAACCUGAACGGCCGAUACUUCCAGAGCCCUCCACCCAAGCAGCGCCAUCAAAGGAAGCAAGGCAUCUUCUGGAAGACAUGGAGAGGGCGCUACUACCCCCUGAAGUCCAGCAGGAUGAUGGUUGCCCCAGCAGCAAUCACCAAGUCCUAAAGAGGAAGGAUGGAGCCGACUCUGCCACACUGAUCUUCUCUCCUCUGGUCCAAGAAGACACCCAUCUCAGCGAGGGGAUGCUCAGACGGCGGCAGAGCCCUCACUGUACAAGUAAAACAACCUCAAAGAUAGUUGUAUCAUGGAGACAUUUCCUACUUACAAGGUUUCUGCAUCAAGCUGGCGGUUUGAGUGGGAUAAGAACGAGUUACGACCUGUUGACGGUGCUGUGAGGCGAGAGGUAUUUUCCACCUGGCUGAGACUGGAGCGUGAGCAGUCAGGUCACAGAGUCUUUGACCUCUUCAGCUCCAAGGUGGCUGCUCAAGCAGACAAUUGAAACCAAAACAUGUUGGAAAGAUUUAUCAAAAGAAGGUUUCUUAUAAGAAAGAAAACUCAAAAAGAUUCUAGCAAAGUUAAACGCCGGGAGAUUCAGAUGCAAACGCUGCAUGAACUCUAGCUUUAUAGACCAUUCCAGCCUUCCAAACAUCUGCCAGAACUUUUGGAUCGAGCUAAAAGGAUUCUUUACUGCUUUUUAUUGUCUGUGAAGGUUUUUUUUAAUCUAUUCUGAGUCAUAUUGACUUUACUUAAAGUAGAGGCAUUUUUUGUACAUUGUCUUUAAAGAGUGUGAUUUGUAGUAAUAUAAUCUUUGUCCUUUUACUUGAGAGUGAAUUAUUGUAGAUGUUCUCCUAUUUAAAAUAUAUAUUUUUGGUUCUUUUUUUUCUAAAAAGAAAAGCCCGUCUUUUGGCACGGAUGAGCCAAUAAAACCCAUUUAAACAGG